GGAGGUCUUUUUUAUUUCUUUCUCUUUUAUCUGAUUUUGAUAUUGCCAGUUUCCAAUAAUUAGGAAUUGAGAAAAUAAAUAAGAGAAUUCAAAUUGAGUAUUACUCAUCAGUUAAUAAUGUUAGUUAAUGAUUGGCUAUUUGGAACACUAUAAUAAUAUUAUAUUUUAGAGAUUUUAAUAUUUAGUUCAUUAUUUUUUCAUUUUCAAAAGUAUUCGGCAGUGACAUCUGGUACCGUAUUUGUUCUUCGACUGUCAUCUGGCUUCCUGCUGUCGUAAUGGAGUUGCGUAUUAUAUUGAGAUUGGGCUUCUCACACACACACACACAUGGUCGCCAUUUUCGUGCUGAAUAGUGGUGCUUGUGUUUGUUGAUACUUUUAAUAAGUCGGUGGAUAAUUACAGACCUAACAUUUUUUUAAAAUUUCAGUGAUCUCACUAUGAUCAACUACAUAUGUUGCUUCACGAUAAUUAUAUAUUUUGCCGUGUCAAACUAAAAGCGGUGGUGGAAUUCCACUGUAUAGUGAAGUGUAUCAAUAACAUACUUUACUUUAAAUAUUUUUUUGUCAUGGCUGAAAGUGACAAAACGUUAAAAAAAGAUAUUAAUUUUAGUAAUGAUAAUCGGAAAUCUAGUGCACCUAAUAUUAUACCCAUUACAUCGGGAACUGUACAUAAUGAAAAAAACACAAUGCCGAAUACUGCUGUCAGUGAACCAUCAACGUUAAAAAGAAAACAAACUUCUUUUCAAAUAACUAGUGUUACUGUUAAAGGCUCUCGUCUAAGUACUGAUGGUGGUGAAGAUAGUGCAGAUGAUUUAGAUGAGAGUCAUACAGAAGAUACAAGUUCAGAUAUUUUGGACAGCUCAAGAACGACUGAUUUAGAUAAUGAUCAAUUUUCCCAAGAUAACAGUAACACUAUCCACAACGACGAUCUGUCAACACAAGCUCCAUCCAUUCCUAUAGAAAGUAAGAAAAACUUGCCUAUAAAAAAAUGUGCACAAGAUAAUACUUUAUUUCCAUCCGAACCAUCCCAAAUUGACAAAUUGGAUAUAACAUCUGAUAAUACUCCAGAUGUUAAACCUCCUACACUUCCAGACCAGUGGCAACAUAGAUUUCGUGUUGUUAAAAUUGUCAGCAGUGUUCCAUUCAAAAGGGGUCGAUGGUUAUGUAUGGAUUUCAUGGAUCCUCCAGUUCCUGCUGUAGAGGCGAAACCUGAAUCUAUUGAUGUCUCGAUUGGCUCUAGUAUCUUACCUGGAGAAUCUAUUCCAACUGAUAGAGUGGCUCAUGUGUAUGAAAUACCACCUGGAGAUGCUUAUCCUGGCACAUUGUCUAUGGCUGUUCGUCCGGAUGAAAGGUUGCAGCCAAUGUAUGGUAUAUUUUGGCCAAUUAGUAAUGGUCAGUAUCCAUUUAUGACAGGUGUCAAUUCAAAACCUGUUGCUUCUCCACUUCAUGCCGAAACUAAAACUCACGAGUCUUCCCAAUCUUUGACUCCUGCACAAGGUAUCCAACAUCAACAAAAUAUACCUCCAACUCAAACAUCAAUUUCUCCUCAAGUUGUCCAACAACAAAACUUAAGUAUUCCAAAUGCAAUUCCUACUCAAGGAGGUCAACAUCAACAAAAUAUUAGCACCCAGUCUACUGUAUCAACUCUAGGAUUUCAGCAUCAGCAAAAUAUGUCUAACACCCAAUCUGUUUCUACACCAGGAAUUCAGCAUCAACAAAAUGUUUCUAAUACUCAGUCUGCUGUUUCCAGUCAAGGAAUUCAACAUCAACAAAGUUUGCCUGGUGUUCAAACGCCAGUAUCUAAUCUAGGAAUUAUUCAACCUGUUUCUAGUACUCAGUCUCCAGUUACAUCGCAAGGAAUGCAACAAACUAUCUCAAAUACGCAGUCUACAGUAUCAACUCAAUGUAAUCCGCUUACAUCUAGUUCUCAGUCUUCUACUCAAGUAAUACAGCACCCUUAUAAUAAUGCACAAACUGUUAUUUCAAGUCAAGGAAUUCCAUCUACUUCUAAUAUUCAGUCUGCUACUCCAGGAGUUCAACAAAAUGUGUCUGGUACUCAGUCUGUUGUUUCUAACCAAGGAGUUCAACAAAAUGCAUCAGUAGUUCAGUCUUCAAAUUCUGCUUUAGGAAUUCAACCAAAUUUGCCUGUUUCUCAAACACCAACAACUCAGAUUCAAAAUAUUCCGAGUAUACAGCAAACAGUUCCUUCUCAAGGAAUUCAACAUCAGCAAAAUGUUAAUGUUAUGCAUACUUCUGUUUCGUCUCAACAUCAAAAUGUUUCCAGUAUUCAGUCGACAGUAGCUCAAGGAAUUCACCAGACCUCCAGUGUUCCUGUAUCAAGUCAAGGUAUUCAACAGCAGUCAAUAUCAAACACGCAAGCUACAUCAGUUGAAUAUAUUAAACCAACUGGUCAAGCAAAUAUUGGAGCGCAAAAUAUUUCAAAUCAAAUUCAGGAUAUGUCUUCUCAGUCUGUUUUACUUGGACACUCUAGUUCUCCUCCUCAAUCUCAGUCACCUGUACAAGUUGUACAAAAUGUUGCGGGACAACAACAAACAGUAACUAGUGAAUCUAUUCCACUCGUAAAGCCAGUAUCUAUUUUACAGACGCAAGAAUCUCAACCAUCUAUGCAACCACAGAUGCAAAUUUUAGGCUCCUCACAAAGUCAAACUAUGUCAGCAGCACCAACUAUGCAAGUUAAUAUUGAAACUGUAACACAACCAGUAGUUACUUCCUCUAUUCAAGUUAAUGACAUUUCACAAGUAGUGUUAACUCAAGAGUCUGUUGUACAGCCCUCAGUUCAGUUAACAUUGACUACUUCAACUAUUGGAAGUCAGGCACUACCUACUGCUACCACUCCAGAAGUAAUGUUAGUUUCAAAUUCUAAACCUCAAGAAAUAGUUGUUCCUAGUCAAAUUAUUCAAAAUCACGUUGAGGCAAAAGAGCUCGGAACACCACCUUCUACGAAUGUUCAAAUUUUGCAAGAUAUUUCACAAGAAACUCAAUCAGCAAAAAGUGAUGUAAAUGGUGAAGAAACAGAAAGUGUACCCAGUGGAACCAGUACUGUUGCUAUUGACAACAAAAUAGAGCAAGCAAUGGAUUUGGUGAAGAGUCAUUUGAUGUUUGCUGUCAGAGAAGAGGUAGAUGUCUUAAAGGAAAAGAUUACUGAAUUAAUGGAUAGAAUAUCUCAAUUAGAAUAUGAAAAUGGAUUCCUGAGAGCAAAUGCUAGCCAACAAACUCUUGAGCAAUUAAAUCAUUCUCAACUUCUUCAACAGCAGCAGCAACAACAACAACAAAAUAUUUCUUCUACUGUGUCGUUGAACUCUGUGUCGCAGAUAUCUCAACAGCCUCUGCAAUCCCAUCAAUUAAAUAUUCAAGAUCAACAGCCAACAUCAUAACAAAAGCUUUCUUUAUUAAUGCUCCAAUUAUAUAAAAUUAUUUUUGGUAGUUUUGCAUUAUGGUCAGCUUUUAGAAUAAUUAACGUAUUGUAUAUAGGGUCUUAGUUAUACGUAUUUAAUAUAUAUAUAUCUAUAUAUAUAUAUUCUGUUUUGUAAUAUAUGUAGGAUUUUAAAAGAAAUUCUGGUUUCAGAUAUCAGUAGCUUUACUUUGUUUGAAUAACCAGACAUCAUUUGCUUCUAAAGCUUUUAAUUUCAUAUUGCUUUAAUGUCAUGUAUAUGCUUUCAUUCAUUUUAAAUUGAUUGUGAAAUCGAAUUAGCUUCUUUUUCUUUUUAACCGUUUGAUUCAAAUUUAUAAAAUAAACUAAAAACUAUCAUUAGUAAUCAUUUUAAAUUCUUCUAUCUUUCCAUCUAGACAUUACUACAGCUAUGCAACUUUGUCCUAUUUUUAUUUAAAGCUUUUUUUUUCUGUAGCAUGAAUUUAGGUGAAACAAAUUUAAAUUGGUUCCAAUAGUCUGCAACAAAAAUGCAAAGCUUUGGAGGCUAUUUUUUUUAUCAUAAUAUUUUAUUAUAAAAUACAUGUUAGUGUAAAGAAAUUAUGUAGUAAUUUUUUCUCAUUAUUUAUAGAAUUUCUUUAUUUCUAAGGGGAUUUCAUUAAACAUUUUAGUUAUAAAAAAAACAUUUCUCCUUCUACUAUUAGCUCAUUCUUAAUUUUCAGAAAUAGUUGUACAUUAUUCAUUGCAGGCUGUUCAAUGUAAUAUUUAUUUCAAUCAGUAUUAAUUAUUGUUGGGUUAAAUAUGCUUAUAGUGUAUGCUGGUCUUACACAUGGUAUUUUUUUUGAAUAAGAGGGAAAAAAAAAAUUCAUUCCUUAAGUGUGAACGAACAAUGUGCCACAAUUUAUGUCUGUGUCAUGUCUGUGAGAGAAUGUAUGUGUUGAAAAGAAGUGUCGCUGCAGUUGGACCAAUGCAAGCUGUACAGAAAAAUAAAAUUUUUUUUGUAUUUCUUGGAAUAAUCACUAUGUGAACUAAAGGAGUUCAUUCACUCCUGUCAGAGUGUUAUUGAAUUCUUUGAAAAAUGAUCUGCUGAGGAACUUUUUCUCACCUUUUCUGUGGAGAAGAAAACAAAAAACAGUUCUCUCUCAAACAAGCCUUAUAGGUUAAAAAAAAUGUGAUAAAAUUAAUUACUGUAGAGGUUGUGGUAUUGUAUAUUGUUACCUUAAAAUGCCAAGGGAAAUUCAACAGCAACCCACAUAAAGAAUGUGAUAAGUGUAUUAAAUAUAAAAAUAUACCCAUUUUUUUUUUCUUUCAGUUUUCCCACCACUUUCUCCUUUUUUCUAUGGUUUUAUACUAAGUCACUUAAAAUAGAACAUUCCGUACUCCUUACGUUGGUGCUGUAUAUAUAAUUUUUUUUUCGGUGCACUUGUGUUUCUUGACCUGUUAGGUGCUAUUGUGAUCAUGAGUUUUACCGUUCCUAAAUCACAAGUAUUUCUUACUGUGAUGUAUCAUAUGUAGCUCAUGCUUUCUGUAGAAUUGACAAUUGAAAGGGCUUAUGUAUAUUAGUAUGUAAAUUUAAAUUGCAUUGGGGCAAAGGAGAUGGGCCACAUCUUAAAAUGUAGAAAAAUAAAUGUGUAUAAUAGUUAAGUGAUGGACAAAUAGUAUGAAAUCCCUGUUAAUGGAACUCCUCUGCUUCAAUGCUUGAAUUUGCCACCAUUUCUUUCUAUUACAGUGUGAUAUAGUCAUCAGCUUGUAUAAUAAAGUUCUAUAAUUCUGA